CUCGUGGCGGAGGAUGCCAAGUGGGCCAACCGCUGGGCCGCGUGCAAGGCCGCCCAGCUGCAGGUCACGGGCGAGGAGGUGCCGGCCUGGAUGAUGGAGAACGCCAGGAAGGGCGUCCUGGAGGCGGCCACGGAGAAGGCCGAGGAGCUCCAGGAGCAGAUCGAGGAGCUGGACGAGCAGAGGGACAGCGAGAUCGCGGUCGUGGGCGCCCAGGGCGACGUCGCGCUGGCGAGGGAGAGGAUGCUGGCCCAGAGCAGAGCCCUGCGCACCACCACGCUGAGCCAGCAGGCCAGCCUGCUCGAGGAGGACCUCGACGAGCUCGACCACGCCGAGGCGGCGGCCCGGGGCGGCGGCGCCGCUGCGCCCGCGGCCGCCCGCGAGCUGAGGCGCGCCGUGCGGAAGGCGACGAGCGCGGCCCACCUGAUCACCAAGAUGCUGGACAGGAAGAUGGAGAUGACCAGGGCGCAGGGCGCGUAG